AUGGAGGACAAAAAUGGAGCUCGUCGAACCAAACAGGGCCAUGGUGAAGAUGCAAACUAUUUUGAGUCAGACAGUGAGGAAAGAAAUAGAAUCAGCAAAAUUAGUUUGGCCAAUAAUUCAGCCAGAGCCAGUGCCUGCAACUCAUCUGGCGAAGAUGUAGAUAACAGAAAAGAAGAUGAUGAGGAUGAAGAUGGAGAUAGUGAAGAUGACACAUACGUGCACAAUCACUUUUUUAGUUCGUACAACCCAGCCGACUUUGACCAUUUGAUUGUUUCGCCAGAAGUGAAAGAGAUGUUCCAAUACAUUCAGCGAUAUAUACCUCAGAAGAUUGAGAUCGAGACAAGACUUCGGCCCUUUAUUCCAGAGUACAUAGCAGCCGUUGGCGACGCUGAUGCCUUCCUAAAAGUUCCUAGACCCGACGGCAAGCCCGAUAAUCUGGGCUUGACCUUGCUGGAUGAACCCAGUAUCGAUCAGUCAGACCCCACAGUCCUCGACCUUCAAUUGCGUGCAAUUUCCAAACAAAAAACCAUAAAGGAAAUGACUGUCAAGAGCCUUGAAAAUCCCGAGAAAAACGAAAAGGAGAUCGAUAAGUGGAUUAAGAGCAUUACAAAUCUUCAUCUCUCGAAACCACCUCCAACCGUCCACUAUACAAAACCGAUGCCCGACUUGACAUCACUAAUGAGAGAAUGGCCUACGGAUUUUGAGACGACUUUGAAGGCGGCGGAGGCGCCAACGGCACAACUUAACUGCAGCCUUAGGGAAUAUGUCGAAAUAAUAUGUGCCAUAAUGGACAUUCCAGUGUAUAACAAUCGUAUCGAGUCACUUCAUCUUCUCUUUUCUCUCUAUAUGGAAUUCAAAAACUCUCAGCACUUUCAAAAGAACGAUAUUAAAAAGUCCACUGAAGACGCGGUUUCUGUAUCCUAG